AUGGCCCUUCCCAACAUCGAUUUCCCCGACUCGACCGCUCUGGUGACCGGGGGUACGUCAGGUAUCGGCCGGACCAUCGCAGAAGAACUCGUAGCACGAGGAGUCCGUCAACUGGUCCUGGUCGCCCGCAAUGAUGAUAAACUUUCAGAGACAGCUAGCGCUAUGAAAGAUGCUACACCAGGGCUGUCCGUGGGCACGAUCAAAGCCGACUUGAGUAAACGGGAGGCCCCUGCUGAGAUCCAGAAGAAAGUCCAGGAAUGGGGCUGGACGGUCGACUUGCUCGUCAAUAACGCCGGUCUUGCAAGGAAAGAAAAGUUCGCGGAGAACCUCGAGACGGACAGCUCUUUGGCCACGAUCGACGUCAUGGUCCGCGCCGUCGUCGAGCUGAGCCUCCUGUUCCUGCCUGAGAUGUUGAAGAGACAAAAGGGUGGGAUUCUGAACAUUGCAUCGACCGCAGGGUAUCAACCGGUCCCGUAUACGGCAAUGUACGCGGCCAGCAAAGCCUUCGUCAUCUCCUUCUCUCAAGCCAUCCGCGAGGAGAACCGUGGCACCGGCGUCCGCGUGGCCUGUAUCGUCCCGGGCGUCACCGAGACCAAUCUUGAUGGUCAGGGACAUGGCGAGACGCGAGGACCUAUUGAUAAGGUCGGCAUCGAUCAGCCGGCAGAUGUGGCGAAGGCUGCCGUGGACGCUCUUGAGGAAAACGCCGCUGCUAAGAUCGUCGGUUGGAACAACACAGCAUUCCAGGCGGGCUUCAACCUGCUUCCGGCGUCUUUGAAUGCUCGCCUCAUUGCCGCUGCCCGCGGAGCUCCAGGGGAGAAAUAG